CUUUCCGCGUGCCUCUUCUCCCCUCGGUGAAUGUCGAUUCCAGGGAUCCGGCAUCGAAGGACCAAUUAAUGAUAGUUUUGAUGUGGAGAAUGGCCUGUCGGUGGGUCGCAGUCCACUGGACUCUCAGACUAGGUUCUGGUCUGGUACUUCAGGCCAACUUUCCCCACAGUCAGCGCCGCGAGUCCUUCCUCUAUCGCUCUGACUCAGACUUCGACCUUUCGCCCAAAACUAUGUCCCGCAACUCGUCCACUGCCAUCGAAGUAGCCCACAAUGUAGAUUCGACCAGUCGGCCCCAGUACAGGAAGUCUGGCUUGAGGAGACUCGCCCAGCUCUAAAUGCUGGUCCUCUGA